GGUGAUAAGGAGGCGGAGCUAGGACUGCCCUUCUCUCCUCUGUGUGACCGCAAGUCAACCAUGGUGGCCCAGUCACAGAUAGGUGAGUUACGUAAUCACAACCCUAACCCUGACAGCAAGUCAUCCAUGGUGGCCCAAUCACAACCCUAACCCUGACAGCAAGUCAUCCAUGGUGGCCCAAUCACAAACAACCGUAACCCUGACUCAAGUCAUCCAUGGUGGCCCAAUCACAACCCUAACCCUGACCGCAAGUCAUCCAUGGUGGCCCAGUCACAACCCUAACCCUGACAGCAAGUCAUCCAUGGUGGCCCAAUCACAACCCUAACCCUGACCGCAAGUCAUCCAUGGUGGCCCAGUCACAACCCUAACCCUGACAGCAAGUCAUCCAUGGUGGCCCAGUCACAACCCUAACCCUGACAGCAAGUCAUCCAUGGUGGCCCAAUCACAACCCUAACCCUGACAGCAAGUCAUCCAUGGUGGCCCAAUCACAACCCUAACCCUGACAGCAAGUCAUCCAUGGUGGCCCAAUCACAACCCUAACCCUGACAGCAAGUCAUCCAUGGUGGCCCAAUCACAACCCUAACCCUGACCGCAAGUCAUCCAUGGUGGCCCAGUCACAGACGGUUGCGUAAUAAGUAGUAAUAUGUGAUACAUUUCCAUGUCCAUUGCCCUUCAUACCACAACAAUACAACAUCCAUGAUAAACUAUAAUGAGAUUUACUCAUCUUGAUUUAAACGUGACCUUUGGAAGGUAUCUGGACGGUUGACUUGGGAGCACUAGUGGCGGUCAGAUAAUGGUUACACAUGGUUGGUCUGGACGGUUGACUUGGGAGCACUAGUGGCGGUCAGAUAAUGGUUACACAUGGUUGGUCUGGACGGUUGACUUGGGAGCACUAGUGGCGGUCAGAUAAUGGUUACACAUGGUUGGUCUGGACGGUUGACUUGGGAGCACUAGUGGCGGUCAGAUAAUGGUUACACAUGGUUGGUCUGGACGGUUGACUUGGGAGCACUAGUGGCGGUCAGAUAAUGGUUACACAUGGUUGGUCUGGACGGUUGACUUGGGAGCACUAGUGGCGGUCAGAUAAUGGUUACACAUGGUUGGUCUGGACGGUUGACUUGGGAGCACUAGUGGCGGUCAGAUAAUGGUUACACAUGGUUGGUCUGGACGGUUUGACUUGGGAGCACUAGUGGCGGUCAGAUAAUGGUUACACAUGGUUGGUCUGGACGGUUGGACUUGGGAGCACUAGUGGCGGUCAGAUAAUGGUUACACAUGGUUGGUCUGGACUGGUUGACUUGGGAGCAACUAGUGGCGGUCAGAUAAUGGUUACACAUGGUGGGUCUGGAACGGUUUGACUUGGGAGCACUAGUGGCGGUCAGAUAAUGGUUACACAUGGUUGGUCUGGACGGUUGACUUGGGAGCACUAGUGGCGGUCAGAUAAUGGUUACACAUGGUUGGUCUGGACGGUUGACUUGGGAGCACUAGUGGCGGUCAGAUAAUGGUUACACAUGGUUGGUCUGGGACGGUUGGACUUGGGAGCACUAGUGGCGGUUAAGAUUACUGGUUACACAUGGUUGGUCUGGACGGUUGGACUUUGGGAGCACUAGUGGCGGUCAGAUAAUGGUUACACAUGGUUGGUCUGGACGGUUUGACUGGGAGCAACUAGUGCGCGGUCAGAUAAUGGUUACACCAUGGUUUGGUCUGGACGGUUGACUUGGGGAGCACUAGUGGCGGUUCAGAUAAUGUGGUUACACAUGGGUUGGCUUGGACGGUUGACUUGGGGAGCACUAGUGGCGGUCAGAUAAUGGUUACACAUGGUUGGUCUGGACGGUUGACUUGGGAGCACUAGUGGCGGUCAGAUGAUUGGUUGAUUCAUGUCCAGUGUGCUCAGGCUGUUGUUCAAUUUGAACCAUUUGAGGGGCAUGCAUCACCAGCAAAGUCAUUCACACCAUUAGCACAAGCAGGUCUGAUUAGGCUCAGCUAUACCGCUGCCAUAGAAACAAACAGAGCAUGGCUUUGUGUCUGUGGUUGCACCUUUAGAAUGCAGAUAACUGCUCGUCUCUAGACAAACCAGAAAAAAAAGUACAUCAAAACCCUAUAUAAUCUACAAAAAAAAAAAUUGUCACAAAAAAUAGAUGAUUUGCAAUAUGGAUCAGAUUUUCAUUUAUAUUUACAUUUACGUCAUUUAGCAGACGCUCUUAUCCAGAGCGACUGACAAAUAGGUGCAUUCACCUUAUAGCCAGUGGGAUAACCACUUUACAAUAUAUAGAUAUAAUUUUUUUGGGGGGGUGGGGUAAGGGGCGGUAGAAGGAUUACUUUAUCCUAUCCCAGGUAUUCCUUAAAGAGGUGGGGUUUCAAAUGUCUCCGGAAGGUGGUGAGUGACUCCGCUGUCCUGGCGUCGUGAGGGAGCUUGUUCCACCAUUGGGGUGCCAGAGCAGCGAACAGUUUUGACUGGGCUGAGCGGGAACUAUGCUUCCGCAGAGGUAGGGGAGCCAGCAGGCCAGAGGUGGAUGAACGCAAUGCCCUCGUUUGGGUGUAUGGACUGAUCAGAGCCUGAAGGUACAGAGGUGCCGUUCCCCUCACAGCUCCGUAGGCAAGCACCAUGGUCUUGUAGCAGAUGCGAGCUUCAACUGGAAGCCAGUGGAGUGUGCGGAGGAGCGGGGUGACGUGAGAGAACUUGGGAAGGUUGAACACCAGACGGGCUGCGGCAUUCUGGAUGAGUUGUAGGGGUUUAAUGGCACAGGCAGGGAGCCCAGCCAACAGCGAGUUGCAGUAAUCCAGACGGGAGAUGACAAGUGCCUGGAUUAGGACCUGUGCCGCUUCCUGUGUAAGGCAGGGUCGUACUCUCCGAAUGUUGUAGAGCAUGAACCUACAGGAUCGGGUCACCGCCUUGAUGUUAGCGGAGAACGACAGGGUGUUGUCCAGGGUCACGCCAAGGCUCUUCGCACUCUGGGAGGAGGACACAACGGAGUUGUCAACCGUGAUGGCGAGAUCAUGGAACAGGCAGUCCUUCCCCGGGAGGAAGAGCAGCUCCGUCUUGCCAAGGUUCAGCUUGAGGUGGUGAUCCGUCAUCCAUACUGAUAUGUCUGCCAGACAUGCAGAGAUGCGAUUCGCCACCUGGUUAUCAGAAGGGGGAAAGGAGAAGAUUAGUUGUGUGUCGUCAGCGUAGCAAUGAUAGGAGAGGCCAUGUGAGGAUAUGACAGAGCCAAGUGACUUGGUGUAUAGCGAGAAUAGGAGAGGGCCUAGAACUGAGCCCUGGGGGACACCAGUGGUGAGAGCACGUGGUGCGGAGACAGCUUUUCGCCACGCCACUUGGUAGGAGCGACCGGUCAGGUAAGACGCAAUCCAAGAGUGAGCCGCGCCAGAGAUGCCCAGCUCGGAGAGGGUAGAGAGGAGGAUCUGAUGAUCUAGAAGGACAAGAGCAGAGGAGAGAGAGUUAGCUUUAGCAGUGCGGAGAGCCUCCGUGACACAGAGAAGAGCAGUCUCAGUUGAAUGACCAGUCUUGAAACCUGACUGGUUUGGAUCAAGAAGGUCAUUCUGAGAGACAUAGCAAGAGAGUUGGCUAAAGACGGCACGCUCAAUAGUUUUGGAGAGAAAAGAAAGAAGGGAUACUGGUCUGUAGUUGUUGACAUCAGAGGGAUCGAAUGUUGGUUUUUUGAGAAGGGGUGCAACUCUCGCUCUCUUGAAGACGGAAGGGACAUAGCCAGCGGUCAAGGAUGAGUUGAUCAGCGAGGUGAGGUAAGGGAGAAGGUCACCGGAGAUGGUCUGGAGAAGAGAGGAGGGGAUAGGGUCAAGCGGGCAGGUUGUUGGGCGGCCUGCCAUCACAAGUCGCAAGAUUUUAUCUGGAGAGAGAGGGGAGAAAGAAGUCAAAGCAUAGGGUAGGGCAGUGUGAGCAGGACCAGCAGUGUCAUUUGACUUAACAAACGAGGAUCGGAUGUCGUCAACCUUCUUUUCAAAAUGGUUGACGAAGUCAUCCACAGAGGUAUGCGAGAACACAUGGUCAGACGAGGAGAGAGCAGCAGGAGUAGCAGUGUUUUCAGUGGUAAUCCAUGUUUCCGUCAGCGCCAAGAAGUUGAGGGACUGGAGGGUAGCAUAGGCUGAGAUGAACUCUGCCUUGUUGGCAGCAGAACGGCAGUUCCAGAGGCUGCCUGAGACCUGGAACUCCACGUGGGAGGUGCGUGCAGGGACCACCAGGUUAGAGAGGCAGCAGCCACGCGGUGUGAGGCGUUUGUGUAGCCUGUGCGGAGAGGAGAGAACAGGGAUAGGCAGAGGCAUAGUUGACAGGCUGCAGCAGAUGGCUACAAUAAUGCAGAGGAGAUCGGAAUGAAAUGAACUAAACAUCUGGGAAAGGAGAGAGCGGGGCCUCCCUCACCACAACCCCCAAAUAUAACUCUUCCAACUUCCACCUCAGAAACUAUAAUUGUUGUAAACUACAGCGGUUCAAUGUUUUCUAGGAAUAGACUAACUUAGUUUAUUCAGCUAGCUAACUAGGUGCAGUAUUAUUCCGUGAAAAUCGUCCGGGCACCUCGUCAUAAGACGCCACAGCCAGCUAGCAUGUCGGCCAUAACAAACCACCAGUGUAUCAACACGCAAGCAGAUUGUUCGUGUCCGUGUCUAACGUUGUGGGUUAGUCCCGACAGCUUGAGCGAGUCCGUCGUCAACUUAUUCAGCCAGUUAGUUAGCUAGAAUAGUUAGCAAACUAGCUAGCCAUUGCUUUCAGACAAAGAAGAACCCCUCCUUUCACGGCACAAACACACAGAGAGAGCCAAACUAACGUUAACUAGUCACCCAUGUCCCGAAUUCCUUGAACGACUCGGGCUAUCAAUAUGUAAAAAAAAUUAAACACAAAUGUAGGUUAUGACUUACCCCUAGCAGCUAAUGUUAGCUAGCCAAGUGCAAAGCUAGCCACUGAAUUGACUCAGCAAGUUCGCGUCUGUUCUUUCGGUCGUUCCAGCUAUUGUUUACUAGUAGCUAUCCAGGUAGCAACAAGCUAACUAAAUUUCAAGCACAGUAGCCACUUGCUACCUAACGUUAACGGUUCAGACAAUGAGGUUAGAAAACAGCUGAAUGGUAGGCAAUUAUUGUAUGUAAUUAUUGUAGGCAGCCAGCUGGCAUAAUUACAGGCACUCUCAGGCGUGAAACAACUAUACCGUUGCUAAUAGCUACUCGCCAGCUAGUCCAGGUGGUGGGUUAGCCAGCUAGCUUUGUGCUACACCCGGCACAGCCGAAUACAAUACUAACCUACAAUAAUUACAUACAACAACCCACGAUAACUACCUACAAUACCUAACUACAAUGUAAAUACAUAGUUUAAGCCUUACUCGACAAAGCCCAAGCUAUGUAUAAAGCCAAGCUUACCUGACGACAAUUAAAAGCCAACUCCAGGAUCUCAGCAGUCAGGCACUCGAGCCAGAGUUGUGGGUGGUCAUGUGCCUCGGUUGGUAAAGCAUGGAUCUUGCAUGGUUCUUGCAACGCCAGAGUUGUGGGUUCGAUUCCCACGGGGGACCAGUACGCUCUGCUAAAUGAGUCAUUACCAGUAAAUAGAUUAAAUGUUAGUUGGGCUGUAGAAUUGUUUAUCCCACUGGCCUAAUAGUCUCCAUGUGUCUGUCUCCAGGGUUUAUAGAUUACAUCGUGGUUCCAACCUUCACUGUGUUGACAGACAUGACGGAGAAGAUUGUCAUUCCUCUCAUCGACGAGGCGUCACUCAGCCUGGCAGGGUUCAGACGCUCCAGGUACCACACUUCCUGCUUCUACUUCCUGCUUCCUGUUUCUCCUCAGACCCUGUAGGAAAAGAGAGCAUCGCCAACAUAGUGUAUCUUCUGGACCUAUCAGUGUGUGGCACUGGGUCACUGUUAUACCCUGUUAUAGCCUGUUAUACCCUGUUAUACCCUGUUAUACCCUGUUAUAGUCUGUUAUACCCUGUUAUAGCCUGUUAUACCCUGUUAUAGCCUGUUAUAGUCUGUUAUACCCUGUUAUACCCUGUUAUAGCCUGUUAUAGUCUGUUAUACCCUGUUAUACCCUGUUAUAGCCUGUUAUACCCUGUUAUACCCUGUUAUACCCUGUUAUAGUCUGUUAUACCCUGUUAUAGCCUGUUAUACCCUGUUAUAGCCUGUUAUAGUCUGUUAUACCCUGUUAUACCCUGUUAUAGCCUGUUAUAGUCUGUUAUACCCUGUUAUACCCUGUUAUAGCCUGUUAUACCCUGUUAUACCCUGUUAUACCCUGUUAUAGCCUGUUAUACCCUGUUAUAGCCUGUUAUACCCUGUUAUACCCUGUUAUACCCUGUUAUACCCUGUUAUACCCUGUUAUAGCCUGUUAUACCCUGUUAUAGCCUGUUAUACCCUGUUAUAGCCUGUUAUACCCUGUUAUAGCCUGUUAUACCCUGUUAUGCCCUGUUAUAGCCUGUUAUACCCUGUUAUAGCCUGUUAUACCCUGUUAUAGUCUGUUAUACCCUGUUAUACCCUGUUAUAGCCUGUUAUAGGUCUGUUAUACCCUGUUAUACCCUGUUAUAGCCUGUUAUACCUGUUAUACCCUGUUAUACCCUGUUAUCGCCUGUAUAUAACCCUGUUAUAGCCUGUUUAUACCCUGUUAUAGCCUGUUAUACCCUGUUAUACCCUGUUAUACCCUGUUAUAGCCUGUUAUACCCUGUUAUAGCCUGUUAUACCCUGUUAUAGCCUAUUAUACCCUGUUAUAUACGCUGUGUGGUCGAGUCUGAGAAGGAUUGAACACUGCUGUUAUCCCAAACACAGGACCCACUCCCUGCUUUAAAGGAGAGUUGUCAACCUCACUGUCUUCCACCUGUCAACCCUGUAGAAACUCUGUCUCCUCUAGUGCUCCAGUCUCAGUUAACUAAUGGUCUUCUUCCUGUCAACCUCUCCUCUCCUCUCCUCUCCUCUCCACUCCACUCCACUCCACUCCACUCCACUCCACUCCACUCCACUCCACUCCAGUCUAAACACUAUUCGCUGUGAGGAUGCUAAGCGUGGUAGUGUAAAGAGUACAGGGUCAGAGGGCAGUCCUACUGGACAUUAUUCUCUACUGGCUGUGGACCUGAACAACUUCAAGGCUCUGUGGAAUGAACAGGUUUAUCAGAACAGAGAGAGAUGGAAGACACAGGCCACUAAAGGUGUUUUCUCUAUAGUUUUAUCUAUCAAUCAAUUAACCAACCAACCAAUCAAUAUCCCUUUACACUUUUGUGUGUGUGUUUGUUCCUGUGUGUUCCUCCAGAGACACAGGAGAAGGCCAGAAGGGAGGCUGAGGAGGAGAGAGUCCUGCAGGAAGACACGAUGGAACCCCAGGAGGGACAAACUGAACCAGAGCUGGGAGAUACAGAGACACAGCAGGGAGGGGGGGGGGAGGAGGAAGAAGAGGUGGAGAGAGUGGGAGAAGAGGAGAGUGAAGUGCCAGAGGAUCUCAACAGACCUCAGGACAGAUGCACAGAGGAGACCGCAGAGAGAGAGGGUGUGAGGACCGCAGAGAGAGGGUGUGAGGACCGCAGAGAGAGAUGGAGUGAGGACCGGAGAGAGAGAUGGAGUGAGGACCGGAGAGAGAGAUGG